AUGCGGCAAGAGGCGCGAUCAUGUGACGAAGAGAAAUAGAAACUAAAGCAGCCUGCUCUUAUUGUUUCCUGCAGAGUUGCUGAACGCUUCCUGUUUCUGCCUCAUUUCCCCAAUUCAGCUGCAGGAGGAAGAGCGCGAUCUAGACUUCAGGGCUCAUGGCCUUGGAAGAGGGGGACCCCAAUGCCCUGAAGCGCAAUGUGCUGCACCUACUGCUCAGGAACCCCCUGGGGCUCAGUUUUGAGGACUUCGCCGGGGCCUUUCACCGGCUGCAUGGCUACCAGCUUCAAAUUACUCGUCAUGGGUACAGCUCGCUCAAGCAGCUUCUGGCUGAAAUGAAGGACUUUGUGGUUGUGGAAGAUGGUGACUCACAGGUCCCAGUCGUAAAGCUAGCGAAUGGAUUCCAUCUUGGCCACUGGGCUGAAGGAAGAGAGAAUGGGGUGGACAUCUCUGAAGGGCCCGCUUUGAGGUCAACAGAUGAAGAAGACCCUGGAGGAGAAACGGGUGAAUCUCUGGCAGGAGUCUUGGGGUUGCUCUUCAGUCUUCUAAAGAGAUAUCACUCGGGUUUGAGGAUUAAGAAACUACAGAAAUUGUUUCUUGCUAGUGAUGGAAUUGACCUAGAGAAGCUCAGCGUUCGUCGCGGCUACACAGACACACUGGAAUUUUUGGAACAGCGAAUGCCAAAUUUAAACAUCACAUACCAACAGAACAGACUCAACUGCGUGGUUCAGCUUUUUGAAGAUCCCUGUGCUACUUUUUCUUCUGUCAGUACCGAAAACCUUGUGGAAGAACCAGCAAGCCAGACACCAGAUCUGUCAGCUGCCUUGGUGCCAAUCCGGGCCGUCCUUGAAUGCCAUCCUAAGGGUCUGAAGGUGAAGAACCUGAAAAAGGCCCUGCUAGAGAAUUGUGGAUUUGACCUGGAGAUGUUCCGCCGUGACCUGGGCUACAAUGACACGGUGUCCUGCCUGCAGGAUAUUCCUGGUCUGAUUCUCAGAAACAGCAAUAGGACCCGGAAUUGCGUCAUCCAGCUCGAAUCGCGUCCCUCUAGCUCAGCUCCUUCCUUGGACUCGGAUUUUUCUGUAUGCAGCUCACAUACCACAACUGAUGGGCUAAUGAGAAAUAACUCCGGUUCCCCUAGCCCUGUUCCCUCGCUUGAUGCUGGUUUCUCUGCCUUCAACUCAAAUUCUGUGCCCCAGACGCUGAUGGGAAAGAAAUCUGACCUGGCUGCUGCCUUGGUGCCAAUCCUCGAUGUUCUUGGAAACCAUCCUGCUGGUCUGAAUAUAAAGACACUGAAGGAAAACCUAGAGAAGAAGCAUGGGUUUGACCUAGAGACUUUCAGCCAAGAUUUGGGGUAUAAAGACGUAAUGUCUUGCCUUCUGGAUGUGCCGGGCCUUCGCUACUCUUUCACAAAUGGCAAGUGGCCCGACAACUGUGUGGUUCAACUUCUCUCCGGUAGUCUUGGCCUCCCCCCUGUCACAUUCGGUGCCGGUCCCUCUUUGGAUAAAUCUCCAUCUUCCAAAGGAUCAGACACCCUGUCUCAAGACUUAAAGGAAACAAAGCCAGCUCCCUGCCUUUCCACUGUGCCCCAGUCCUGUGCUUCUGUCCCCUUAAACGUGCAACGGCCUGCUGGGAAAUCAAAACCCGUGAACCAAAAUGUGCUAAAAAAAAAGCCUGCUUCGCAGACAGAUGUCUUGACAUUACUCACCAACCUCAUAGGCACAUACAGCGAAGGUCUGAGGGUUGAGAAAGUGCAGGAGCUCCUGCUGGCCAAGAAAAAAAUUGACCUGGAGAAGUUCAGCAUCGACCAAGGCCACAAGGACACACUGGAGUUUUUGGAGCGUCAAAUGCCUAACUUAAACAUCAGAUACCGAGAGGACAGACUUAAAUGUGUUGUUUCGAUUGGAUCAGGAAAAAGCAAAACGAAAAAAGAAAAUGGCAAAAUUUGUUUAGGUCCUGGUGUUAAGACUGCCCCUCCUCUGCUUGUUGCCCCUGUGCCUCUCUUGCAUCCAGCAAAAGUGGUCCAGCAAGCAAACUGUGCACCAGACUUUGGUAGCAUCUUUAAGCCUUCGUUCAAUGUCUGCAAUCCCUCUGGAAAUAAAUCACAGAAUUGGAGCCCACCUGUUCCAGCUGCUUUUGUGUCCCCAGGAGUGCAGAACUGGCUCAACAACAGCAGCAUGCAUGUCCCACCUGCCACUUUCCCAUUUUUUCCACCCUCCCAGGAGCCUCGUAGUGCUUUGUCAAGCAAGGCCAACAGUUCCUUCCAGGCUCCCUCCGGCAUUCUUCCACAUCAGCCACCUCCCUCCGGCAUUCUUCCACAUCACCCACCUCCCUCUGGCAUUCUUCCACAUCAGCCACCUCCCUCCCGCAUUCUUCUCCAUCAGCCAAGUGCAUGGCAGUCUGGUGGGCCAUCACCACUAGCCAAAGAGGUACACUCACGGGAUAACCAGCUGCCCAGAGAAUCCAACUUGAGGAACUCACAGCCUUCUAAGGACCUGGAAGAACUGAAACAGCGGGUGGCCCACAUCCUGGCCAUGCACCCCGAGGGCAUGUCGCUCUUCCAGUUCCGUGCUGCCUACAGCACUGCCUAUCAGCAGCACCUGCCGCUUGGCAAUGCUUCCUCUGCCAAACAGUGCCUGCUGGAGAUGCCUGAUAUUGUUCGCCUGGAGGGCUGUGGAGUCCAAACAUUGCUACUACCUGUGUCUGCUAAAGCGUCACCUGUCAAAUCCAAUCAGCCUGUCCCAUCUGAAGUGGAAAAUGCUGCAGUGGCUCCUUGUCAGUCGCUGCCCCAAACGAUGGCAGCAGCUGAACCUGUAGUAAGUCCCAAGCCUGCCCCUCUUCCCAAGGCUCCAGGGGUACCACAGCCCCACUCCACUUUCUCCGGGCUUCAGACCCCCUCGAAAAGCAAGGUGAUAAGGAGUCCUGCAUUCUACCCAAGGGCCAUCUCAAGGAGAUACCAAAAACAGUAUCUCCUUUGCAAGAGCAUGAGAGGGCCACAGCAUUUGAGAGACCUUUCAGGCCAUCCUGAUUUGUCCAAAGUGCAAGACUCUGCAGUGACUCCUGAGCACUCCCCACCUAAAAACAAGCCUUUGGUUGUUCCCAAGUUCUCUCUAAAUACUGCACUUCGCAAGCCUCAGCCCCAUCUCUCUCUCCUCCAGCCUUCUGAAUGUCUUGGACCACCAGCCAACAAGGAACUUAGUACUUUACCUGGGACUCCCAAACCAGUAGCUCCUGUGGGAGAGAUGACACUCAAGCUGAUAGACACUCCCAACUCUCCUGUAGUUUACCCAGUGGAUUCCCAAGCCACCAGAAGGGAUGAGAAUUUGAAAUCUGACAGCAUUGGCUCCAGGCCUGCACAUCUGGUUAACCAUUGGUUUUUUAACAAUACUACACCACCCCCCUCCAUCUUUCAGCCUGUCUCUACAGGUUCUGGAGCAUGGGCUCAGCCAGUUGUAUACCCGCCUGUCACAUUUAUUCCAGAGAUGCCUCCUCUCUACCCAGCACCAUUCAUACCAGUUUCUGUAAAACCCUCUGGGAUACAGUUUCAGAAGACUCCACCACAGAUGCUGCCUGUCCAAGCUGUGCCUCCAGCCAGCCAGACUCAGCCUCCCACCCAAAUUCAGCAGCAGAGGUCCUAUUCUUCUGCAGUUUCGGGACAAGACUCCAUUUUUCAGGAGCAGGUACCACCCAGAACCGCAGGAGUCCCCCAUAGUUUGACUCCCGAAGGGACGUUUCCUACUUCCUUACCUUCUCAAAACACAGCUAGCCUCCACUCACCCAAAUCUCGGACUGUCUACCAAUCAGAAUGCCACCACCAUACAUGGCUAGAUGGUCUGCAGCACAGUUCUGUCCCUGUGGCAGAUCAAAAUCUUGUGGCUGCGCCCUCAGACAAAGCACCUUCUAAGUCUCCAACAUCCACACAUUGGGGGAAGUAUGAUGGUGUGGACUCUCCUGUAACCUCAAGCAUGCAGCCGCUCAGUUCGCAGUCUGCUUCUACCAACGCAACCCAGCGGUCCUCUGGAUCUUAUGCUGCUGUUAGUCCCAGCAGUAAUUCUGACUCUCUGCCUUCUGACUCUUGGCCCUUGGUGCAUCAGCAAAAAAUUGUUAGCAAGAACUAUGCCGUAAGCUCCUCAAGCACAGGACCUGCAAGCUCACCACCUUCCCCUCUAGAAACCACCACCACGCCACCUCUGCAGCCGCCGGGCACCUCUUCUUGGAUCAACGGUAAUUCUGAUGCUCUGUGCUCCGAGUCUUGGGCCCUCAUCAGCCAGCAACGGUAUGUUAGUGUGACCUCAAGCACAAGAUCAGCACACCCAUCCCCUUCCCCUCUGGAAACUAUGACCACCCUAUCCUGGCAGCCCUCAUCAUAUACUUCACCUGGAACGAACAGAAAUUUGGAUGCAUCUAAGCCUCAGGCCCUCAUGCGACAGCACCAGCAUGCUAGUGUGAACUCCGUGACCACUGCAAGCCCACAAUCGGCGAAAUCGCCACCUUCCCCUCGAGAAACCAGCACCCCAUCCCUGCAGCCCUCCUAUGCUCUUCAUGCCAGCAUGGAUUACGGUUCUCCUAGCCAAAAUCUGCCCACGGUUUCCAAAGAAGCUGAGCAGAAGCAGGGCAGUCCUCGUGCCUCUAUGCUAGGAAAACCAACGUCUUAUUCAUUUACUCCCCCAAGCAGUCCUCCUCCCAAAAACUUUGAUAAAUGCAUUCUCCUGUAAUAGCAAGCGUUAAGGAAGUGUUCUGUGGAAUCAUUCACACCCAGAGGUGUUUUUCUCCCCCUCCUUCCCCAGGGUGGAGGGUAGGAAUGACAUACCAGGUGGGCUGAGUGCAUUCAGAACCCGCAAGCAAAAACCUCUUGUGCCCUGUUUGCCUACCUAGUAAAUGCCAGGUGUAGGGAAUCUUGGCUUUGUGCCUGGAUGUUGGCAAUCUGUUCCCAGGGAAUUGCAAUUUCAGUUCCUGAAAUGCCAUCCCGUGGCACAGCUUUUCCUAUCUGCAUCCUGUGCUCAAGCAUAAAAUGGGAGUGCAGGAAGAGCCUAUGGGGACAGAGUGACCUUGAACCCCAAAAUGAUGAAAGGCUGACACAGGCUUCUUUUACAAACAAUGUCUUAUAGAUAGGCCAGUGUGUAUUCCUUUCUUGACCAACAUAAUGCAAUGUUCAAAGUUUCAGACUAGGUUCAAAUUGCCACUAAACUACAAAGACCGAGGAUCAAGUUGCCAAUCAUCUAUGUAGGUUGUUACAAUCUCUUGGGCCAGUCAUUUCUCCUCACUGUAUGGUUGUGAGGAUUUUUUAAAAAUGGGAAUAUCUGUGCUGCCCUGAGUUGGAGGAAAGGCAAGGUAAAAAUCAAAUAAGAAAAGUUUUUUAAUAAUGUGCUCUGAAUUUCAAUUCCGUGACUAUACAUUAUGCAGAUGAAGCAAACAGCACAGAGUUGCUUAUAUUGCAUAAUUUCUCAGUUGAUGGGGAAGGACAAGAAACAGAGUACUGAUCCUUUGAAACCCUUGUCAGCUCCCUUUAGGCUUCUGAGAUUUUAUCUGGCAUUGCCUGCACCUCUCCCAUAUUAUUUUUACAGCAAUAUGGACUACAAACUUCUCUUUUUUAAAAAAACAACACCACCACUUUAGAUUUUUAGGGUAUGAAAUGCUGUCUUCAACAUACAGCCUGGCUGAAAGGCAUGUCUACUAGGUCGUCUUCAAACCCUAUUACUGGAAACAAAGAGAUUGCAGCAUCAAUUAACUGUUCUAAUCACUGGAAGAAGUGGUGGUAGUGGUGCAUCAUUGAUGCAUAUUUUAAUAACUGAAGUAAUCUGAAAUACUUGUAUCAACCAUAAAUAAAUAAUAUCUUGGAAUGUAGAUGGGAAAGAAUAAAAGAGUGAAAUAUUGCUGAGAAUUAAGUGGUACUUUAAAUAAGCAACUUUGAAAACAA